CGAGUCCAAAGGUCCCUCUCUCAAAAGUGGAAGGAUGCUUGCCGAUACGCUCCUCAAACGCGCCGCGCGCCUGGCCACACUCGACAUGCAGCGUAGUGGUUUCGUACCCUCCGUCGUCGAGGCUCGGCUUAUCAAAGACAUAACAAGCAAAUUGGAACAUGAACUACCGGCCAUAGACGCUGAGAUCAGCCGACUGACCGAGCUUCGCGCCCGAGUCCUCCGACAGUGCGACGUACAAAAAUCCAUCGUGUCCCCCGUUCGCCGCCUCCCGCCCGAACUUCUCUCCAUUAUCUUCUUCGAGGCACUAGAUGACGUCUAUGGCAACAUAUAUGCUUGCGAUAGCGUCUUUGUCGUGCGGCAUAUCCUGUCUUGCGUCUGCUCUUCCUGGCGAGCAGUCGCUCGAGGUUCGCCAGCGCUCUGGUAUCAGAUCCCUACCCAGCUGCACUCCUAUGCCUUGAAGACGCCAUGGAAGGACUACGCGCAGUACGCCGCCGAGAGCGCGGCACUCGCAGGCGGCCUACCGCUCGAGGUGCACCAUCAAGACUCGGCCAGCGAUCGCCCAUUCCGCAAUAUCAUGCAGGCGCUGCACCCGUACCUGGCACGGAUCGAGUCCAUCAACAUACAGGGUAGCUGCUCGUUCUUCGAAGACUUCCCUCAGUACGACCUCCCUGCACUGUCUAGCGUGGUUAUGCGGAUGGAAGACGAGCUAACGGAUGGUCCCAUGGACUUUCUCGGCAGCUUUCCCGCGCUUCGAAGACUUGAUGUUCACUACCCUAACGACUACGGGGAGUAUCCCUUGGAUGGACUGCCUCAUAUGCCGUCCCUCUCUGGUUUGACUCACCUAUCACUGAUAUAUCGGGCGGCAUUCUCCCGAACAACACUUCUUCGAGCAUUGAGCGCGUGCGCGGAAACUCUCGUUGCGCUGAAAUUGAAUAUCACGAUAGUGCAUACCGACGACUCACCCGACCCAGUCACUCCUGUAUGGAUGGAAUCCCUACUAGAAUUGACGUUACACGCCGCUGCUUUCAAGCUGCUGGACAACCUAGUCGCACCGGAUCUGGAAGACCUCGAUCUACGUAAUAUGCUACCCGAAGUGUAUGGCAAUCAAUUCCCUACCUUGUCGGCCUUCCUUUCGCGCCCCUACGCACCUCGAGAGAUCAGCGGAUUCAGAACGUCUGUGUCCGUGUCUCAGACGGCAACAAUCAUUCGAUGCUUGGAGCAGAUGGACACACUCACCUAUAUAUUCAUCUUCGGUGCGGGGUUCGUAGGUCUGGAAUACGAACAGAUCUUCGCACGUCUCACGUGCGCCGAGGACGAACCGCCGCUCCUUCCGGAGCUCACUGAGCUCGGGGGCUGGCUGAGUCGUAUGCCACCACCAUCGCCGGAGGCGGAGGAGGUGCUGGAGAAGAUGAUCGCAUCAAGGAGGGUCCCUCGCAUAUGUGCGUCGCGCGAGGUGGCCGUGCUGGAGACGGUGGACAUCAAGUGGAAAGGAAGGCAUAUCGUCUAUAGCAAUAGCGAGUAGUCUCGUUACAAGCGCCACUCACCAUGUCUGUCCAUGUCCGUACGUGACCGUCAAUGGGUAAAUCGUGUUCAUUGCGAAUACUAAGCUGUAUAAACCAC